AAGAUUAAAUUAAUCAUCUUUUUUUUCUCAAUAAGCAUAUUAUUUUGCUGAGUCACUAAGUAUAUUUCAAUGAUAUUGCAUUGGAGUAAGAGGAUUAAUGCUUAACCUCACUUCUUUGUUUGCCGAGGACUGCAGCUGAGGGUUUAUUGAGUAUGGAUUGAGCAUCACACUAAAAACCUUCCCUGGAACAGGGGACCAAAGGAUGUAAACUGAACAUUUUUAAAAUCUGCUUUGUUUUCCUCAUAUUGCUGAAGAUUCAGAUAGAUAUCUGCCUGUAAGUGAUGUGAAUCAAUUUAAUCUACUGAAACAAAGUACAGCAUUGAAGACAAUGUCGUUUUUCGCCCCCUAAUACAUUUUCCCUGGCGUGCUGUUUAUUUUUUUUUAAGACACGUGAAGAAGAAAUCGUGAUCACAGUAUUGGCUGUAUCCACCUGCAUCCUUUUUGUCUUUUUUUGGAAGAGAUGAUCCUGGCUUUCCAGUUGGUCUCCUUCACCUACAUCUGGAUCACAUUGAUACCAAAUGUUUGUGCUGCUUCUCACAUCAGGAUGACACACCAGCGGUGCUCCUCUUCAAUGAAACAAAUCUGGAACAGCAAACAAGAAACUAGAAUGAAGAAAGAUGACAGUACCAAAGUGCGGCCUCAGAAAUAUGAGCAACUUCUCCAUAUAGAGGACAACGAUUUUGCAAUGAGACCUGGAUUUGGAGGGUCCCCAGUGCCAGUAGGUAUAGAUGUCCAUGUUGAAAGCAUUGACAGCAUUUCAGAGACUAACAUGGACUUUACAAUGACUUUUUAUCUCAGGCAUUACUGGAAAGACGAGAGGCUCUCCUUUCCUAGCACAGCAAACAAAAGCAUGACAUUUGAUCAUAGAUUGAUCAGAAAGAUCUGGGUGCCUGAUAUCUUUUUUGUCCACUCUAAAAGAUCCUUCAUCCAUGAUACGACUAUGGAGAAUAUCAUGCUGCGCGUACACCCUGAUGGAAACGUCCUCCUAAGUCUCAGGAUAACGGUUUCGGCCAUGUGCUUUAUGGAUUUCAGCAGGUUUCCUCUUGACACUCAAAAUUGUUCUCUUGAACUGGAAAGCUAUGCCUACAAUGAGGAUGACCUAAUGCUAUACUGGAAACACGGAAACAAGUCCUUAAAUACUGAAGAGCAUAUGUCCCUUUCUCAGUUCUUCAUUGAAGACUUCAGUGCAUCUAGUGGAUUAGCUUUCUAUAGCAGCACAGGUUGGUACAAUAGGCUUUUCAUCAACUUUGUGCUAAGGAGGCAUAUUUUCUUCUUUGUGCUGCAAACCUAUUUCCCAGCCAUACUGAUGGUGAUGCUUUCAUGGGUUUCAUUUUGGAUUGACCGAAGAGCUGUUCCUGCAAGAGUUUCCCUGGGAAUCACCACAGUGCUGACCAUGUCCACGAUCAUCACUGCCGUGAGCGCCUCCAUGCCCCAGGUGUCCUACCUCAAGGCUGUGGAUGUGUACCUGUGGGUCAGCUCCUUCUUCGUGUUCCUGUCAGUCAUUGAGUACGCAGCUGUGAACUACCUCACCACAGUGGAAGAGCGGAAACAAUUCAAGAAGACAGGGAAGAUUUCUAGGAUGUACAAUAUUGAUGCAGUUCAAGCCAUGGCCUUCAAUGGUUGUUACCAUGACAGCGAGAUUGACAUGGACCAGACUUCCCUCUCUCUAAACUCAGAAGACUUCAUGAGAAGAAAAUCGAUACGCAGCCCCAGCACCGAUUCAACUCGGAUAAAGAGAAGAAAAUCCCUAGGAGGACAUGUUGGUAGAAUCAUUCUGGAAAACAACCACGUCAUUGACACCUAUUCUAGGAUUUUAUUCCCCGUUGUGUACAUUUUAUUUAAUUUGUUUUACUGGGGUGUGUAUGUAUGAAGGGGAAUUUCACAUGUAUACAACUUUGAAGCCAGACGAUGUUUCGAAACAAAACUCUUGAAUAUGAGGUGGGUAGUCCUAGAUGGAACUGGGAAAGAGCCAGUUGCCUCUCCUGCCCUAAUGAGAAUUUGAAAGCUGACUUAUUUAUAUCUAAGAAAGAGUUUAGGCCCUAGAAAAGUUGGACUCCAUAAAUAAGAGUCACAGGCAUGUGUAUUAUGGGAAAAACAGUCUUCCAUUGGGAAGGGCUUUGUAACUACUUCAUGUGAACCCUCCUUCUUUCUUCAUGAAAUGUUCUUUAUUUAACUAGGGAAGAAAGCUGGACUCUAAACAAUAAUUCAAGGAUAUUUGGUUUCUUACUGCCAGCCAAGUGCCUGGUUAUCUACCAGAGCUCAACCAUCCUUAGGUAAGAAUACCUACAUUGAGGUAGUAUCACCUGCACUCACACAGUCAAGAAUCCUGUGAAGGAUCUCCAAUCUCCUUCUCCAGUCAAGUCUUUAUUCUUAUUUAAAUAUUGUUUCAGGCCCGGUGCGGUGGCUCAUGCCUGUUAU